AUUUCCGGGUGUGACAGCACGAGCUGGAGGUAACUGUCGGUCAUUGCGCUCGGCAGCGAGAGACUCGAGCACCCGAUCCGGCUGUGAAGGUUGCACAUUUUGGAGCCACAUAUUGGACUCUUUCCUUAUCUUUCUGAACUUCGAUCCUGGGAUCCUCAGUUGGACACAGGGCAACAACAAACUUGCUCUGUUUCAGGCUUGGCCUGAUCCCUUCAUCUUUCAGUCCCCUUCAGCUUCUCAGCAGACGUGCGUCUGAACAUGGACCUGAGUGCCGUUCUCUUGUUCCCAGUGCAUGCAGUAGUAUGGCUCUACUCCCUCUUGAGCUUUCUACCAUGGUACUUCCUGACUGGAGCCCAGAAAAAGAAAGCCCUGGCAAAGAGAGUCAAAUCCAGGUCAACCACCGGUCAGGCUGAAGGGCCGUAUCGAUCCGUGGAUCACUUCGACUCCCUGGUCACGAAGGACUUUCCUGGAAAAGACACCCUAGAUAAGCUGUUUGACUAUGCGGUGGAGCGUUUCGGAAAAGCGGACUGCCUGGGAACUAGAGAAGUUCUGAGCGAAGAAAAUGAGACUCAGCCGAAUGGGAAGGUCUUCAAAAAGUUAAUUCUAGGCAAUUAUAAAUGGGUAUCCUAUGAGGAGAUGGACAUUCAGGUCAGUCAGUUUGGGAGUGGACUGUCAGCACUAGGCCAACAGCCAAAAAACACCAUCGCUAUUUUCUGUGAGACAAGGGCAGAGUGGAUGAUCACGGCUCAGACCUGCUUUAGACGCAAUUUCCCAUUGGUUACCUUUUAUGCAACUCUAGGAGAAGAGGCAGUGGCUUUCGGAUUGAAUGAGUGUGGAGUUACACACCUGGUCACCAGCGUGGAACUGCUGGAAACCAAACUGAAGGGUGUUCUUCCUCAAAUCCCCAAUCUGAGGCACAUCAUCUAUGUGGACAGGAAAAGCAUCAGCUCAGCAGGAUAUCCACAGGGUAUCCAGAUCCACAGCAUGCACUCUGUGCAAGAGCUGGGAGCCAAGCCAGAAAACUUGAGCCGACCCAUAGUGAAGCCCAUCUCAUCAGACCUCGCUGUUAUUAUGUACACAAGCGGCUCCACCGGUAGACCUAAAGGGGUGAUGAUCAUUCACAGUAACCUGAUCGGGGGCAUGGCAGGCCAGUGCGAGAGGAUACCUGGAUUAGGAUCAAAGGAUACAUAUAUCGCCUAUCUGCCUCUUGCUCAUGUGCUGGAAAUGACGGCUGAGAUCUCAUGUGUGACGUACGGCUGCAGGAUCGGCUAUUCCUCACCACAAACACUGUCUGAUCAGUCAACCAAAAUUAAGAGGGGAAGUAAAGGUGACUGCACCAUGCUGAAACCUUCUCUAAUGGCUGCCGUACCUGAAAUAAUGGACCGGAUCAAUAAGAACGUCAUGAGUAAAGUGCAGGAGAUGAACUGCGUGCAGAGAACCCUGUUCAAACUGGCCUACGACUACAAGCUCAAGCAGAUCAAGAAGGGUUAUGAUGCGCCCCUGUGCAAUAUUUUGUUUAAGAAAGUCAGAGCCCUGCUGGGUGGAAACGUGCGGAUGAUGCUGUCCGGAGGAGCCCCUCUGUCUCCCGCCACUCAGCGCUCCAUGAACAUCUGCUUCCUUUUAUUACAUCUGCUUUUGUCUUCUAUGGAAGAAAAAGUAUCCGCAUACAGAUUUGAAACGACUUACAGCUGCCGUGAUUCUCCUAAUACUUCAGGUGGCUAUAAGAAGCAUGACAAGCCCCAUCCACGUGGUGAGAUCCUCAUCGGAGGUCCUAAUGUGACCAUGGGCUACUACAGGAGUGAAGGCUGUAUCAAUGAGGACUUCUUUGUGGAUGAGAACGGCCAGCAGUGGUUCUGCACUGGUGAUAUUGGAGAGAUGCACCCUGACGGCUGUCUUCAGAUUGUCGAUCGCAAGAAGGACCUUGUGAAACUUCAAGCUGGGGAGUACGUCUCUUUAGGCAAAGUUGAGUCAGCUCUGAAGAACUGCUCUCUCAUUGACAACAUCUGCGCUUAUGCAAACAGUGACCAGAACUACGUUAUCAGCUUCAUUGUUCCUAAUCAGAAGAAGCUGACAGCUCUUGCCAGUCAGAAGGGCAUUGAAGGCACGUGGGAAGAGAUUUGCAACCAGCCGAUUAUGGAAAGGGAAGUUCUGAGAGAAAUUAAAGAAGUUGCAACUUCAAUUAAACUCCAGCGCUUUGAAAUACCAGUUAUGAUCCAUCUGAGUCCGGAGCCUUGGACCCCUGAAACGGGCCUGGUGACGGACGCAUUCAAACUGAAGAGGAAGGAACUGAAGAACCACUAUCUCAACGACAUCGAAAGAAUGUAUGGCCACAAGUAGGACCUCUAUCACAGCCAAAGACAUCUUCAUCAGCUCCUCACCGUGCAACAUUACUGUUUAUCAAUAAAUGUUAAAUACUUUUUGCCACAAAUACUUCACCACUGCCCAUUGCUUAGUGAUGUGCACAAAUUUUCAAAGAUGAACAAUGUUGAUAAGCCGUUGGUCUGUGUAUUUUUGUUCCUGAGCUUUGUGGGCUUUUCAUUCAGAGCUCUGUAGUCUCUCUGCUGUGAAAUAGUUUACAAGUAAGUCGUAGCUGAUUAGCUUGAGAACUGUUGGGUAAAGGACAAUAUGUAUCUUAUCCAACAUUAAGUAUCCACUCAUUUCUAAUGUUAGUAUACAAAAGGAGUCUCUUGUAAAAAGGAUUUCUUCCAUACAACAGCGAUACACUGCCAUCACAUUGUGCUUUCUUUUUUUGAACAUGUGUGAACGCUUCUUUGUAAAAUUGUUCACUUGUUUGGUUUAAUAGAAUUUGAAAACACAAAAACUGCUAGCUGAGGCGACGUCAUUGCACUGCAGAACUCCGCCUCCUUGUAGAGAUGAGUAAUAUACAGUGACGUUUCUGUGCCUUCUGAUUGGUUACUAUUUAUACGUCGAUUCCCUAUUGGCUGAAAAUUAGAAUUCAAUUCCCUUGCUUCAUUCAUGUUCGUGCCUUUAUAACGGUUACAAACCAUGUUCUUUAAUUUACUUGAGAUUUGUUUUUUUUUUGGUUGUGGAAAUUUGUCACCGAAUUACAAUGUUUUGAGUACUAAUUGACAUCAUAUAGUAGUAAAUAUGUGUUCAUGGAUUGACUCAAGACAGGUUGAGAUGACUAGCAAGUGGUUUAUUGCUCAUUUGUCCUGUUUGUUUGACUGAACUUAAAUGAAGGGAACAUUUUUAGAUAGUUUUUCCCUCUUAACCAAGAGGUGAAUUUUAUAGUUCAUCUGUAUCAUCUUUUCACGUCUGAUUUUUCUCAAACCACUCAUUUUACUGUUGUGUCCGAUUGUCACAAGCUCUCUUGUCUUUCACAAAUUCCACUUCUGCAGGCUUUUAGUAUAUUUGGUAAUAUGUCCUCAAUAUUUAAUAUAUAAAGCUGAAAAGUAAAAAAAGACACUCUUUGGAAAUUCAAACCCAGAAUAUGAAUAUUAAGGUUGGGGAACCCUUGUUCGUGUAGUAUUCUGUAUUUUAAUUUAUUUGGUGAAAACUGUACCUUUUUUAUUUUAACCCGUGUUUAAUUGUUUUCGUUUUUAAAGUGUGAACUGUACAGGCACUGUAAUUUGUUCGCUUUUGGGUUUAUUCUAGAAAGUGUAUUUUAUUUAUAAUUAUUUUGUCAUUUGCGCUAUUCUUUUUGUCAGGGAUUUUUAGCCAUUGUAAAACAAACAGCCAUUAAGCCAUCAAAUUCAGCAGUUAUUUCCCCCACAACCCUCAGGUUUCCGAUCACCACAAUCAAGACUAUACAGCAGUCAAGUGUUUGCAUUGAGAAAUUGUGAAUUUGCUUGUAGAAUGUUCUAUGAUGCUUAUUUAUUUUUUAUUGUGGUUCACUGUAUGUAAUAUUUGCUGAGAACAAGUAAAAUCGUUUUCUACUCAAA